AUGUCGACCAUCGACCUCCCGCAGUUUGUUCCCACCCCUGUGGAGGAGAUCCCUAACAAGGUCAAGGGAGUCCGCAAUACUUUCCUCCUACACAAGACUCGCCCUAUCGAGUUCCGGAUUCAACAGCUGCGAAAGCUAUAUUGGGCGCUGAAAGAUCGUGAAGAUCAAGUCGCGGAGGCCCUUCGUCUGGAUUUGGGGAAGCCAAAAUAUGAAGCCUACGUAUCAGAAAUCGGAAUGGUGGAGAAUGACAUCGUCUUCGUUCAGAAGAACGUGGCCAAAUGGGCCAAAGAUGAGAAAGCGCAGGAUGUCGACUUGCCCUUCACGUUGAUGAAGCCGACAAUCAGAAAGGACCCCUUGGGUUGCGUUCUUGUAAUCGGAGCCUUUAAUGUUCCAUUUGGCCUGACACUUGGUCCAUUAAUUGGUGCCAUCGCGGCAGGAAAUACCGUCGUGGUUAAACCCAGCGAAACAUCCCCCAACUGCGCCGCUGUCCUGGGAGAAAUCAUUACAGCUGCGUUCGAUCCAGAUGUUGUCACUGUCAUCCAAGGAGGCGUUCCGGAAACCCAGGCUCUUCUAAGCGAACGUUGGGAUAAGAUCUGCUUCACUGGCAGCGCAACCGUGGGUCGCAUUGUUGCCAAAGCGGCCGCUCCCAACUUGACCCCAGUUCUCCUUGAGCUUGGUGGCCGCAACCCAGCAUUCAUCACCAAGAAAGCUAACUUGAGACUGGCUGCAAGGCGGCUAUUAUGGGGUAAAACUUUCAACGCUGGUCAAAUUUGCCUGUCGCAAAACUACAUACUUGUCGAUAAAGAGGUGGUGUCACAGCUGGUGACGGAGUUUGGCAAGGCGUGGAAGGAAUACUACCCCGAUGGCGUGAAGGCGUCCCCUGACUACUGCCGUAUCGUUAGUGAUGCCGCUUUCCGCCGGAUUAAAGGCAUGAUUGAUAGCACAAAUGGCAAGAUUCUGCUCGGAGGCACAAUGGAUGAGAAAGAGCGGUUUAUCGAGCCGACUUUGGUCCAGGUCGACUCUGCGGACGAUCCUCUUGUUCGCCAGGAGACCUUCGGUCCAAUUAUUACGCUUUUGCCUGUGAACAAUCUCGAUGAAGGGAUCAGAAUCGCGAAUGACGUUGAUAGCACUCCGUUGGCUAUUUACCCAUUUGGAACGAAGCAGGAGGUCGAAAAGGUCCUAUCCGCCGUUCGCUCCGGAGGCGCAACCAUCAACGAUUCCUUCAUGCACGCUAGCAUUCCAACCUUACCGUUCGGCGGUGUCGGUGAGAGUGGAACCGGCUGCUACCACGGGCGAAGCAGCUUCGACUCCUUUGUGCACCGACGGUCGAUCGCCGCCACACCAGGCUGGGUCGAGCGCGUCCUCUCUGUUCGAUACCCACCAUACGCUGGCAAGUUGCAGAAGACGCUCAAGUCCAACGCCGUAGCGCCCAAUUUCGAUCGGAAUGGGAAGACGACGACGGGCCUUUUGGGCUGGAUUGUUUGGUUUGUUACGUUUGGCGGGGCUAAUAAGUCUGGGGCGAGUCGUGCGGCUGUUGCGGCUAUUGACUCGAAGCCAAAGAACUCCACUUAAAUAAGCCCCCAUCCCUCUCACGAUGUUUAUCAUCACCCAUAUUCCUGUUCCCCUUGGUCCCCUUUCUGUACCGGUUCAUUUCCGACCAUUCCCUUUAAUACUCUUCUUGUACAUCACCUACUACAUCAUGUACAUCCCAGUCUCUUUGCCCUAUAUAUUUUUUUCUCUCUUAUUUGUUGAAACCUCGAUACCCAAUAUUUCACCCAGCACAAAAGCCCCAAGAGCAAAAAAACACAAUACUCGCUCUUAUCUUUCCUUAAACUAUCUCCUUUUUACCAUCACCAAUGAAUAUCCCCCUUCACUAACAAAAAUAAUUUUCAUGAAAAAAAUAUCUAGCCGCCAUCGCUAUCAACUACUAC